CUCCUCUCUUUAGCUAAAAUUGAAUAAAACUGCAUUUCAAAAGUUUACAACUUUCAGAAAAUAAUUUUUAAAAAAACAAUCUUGAUUUUUGUUGUUUUGUUCUUGAAUUUGUAUUUGAUGAUUGAUUCAUGAACAUGUAGAUAAAGGGUGUUUGGUUAUAUAAAAAAAGAUACAAUUUUAGUUGAUUAUACAGAAAAAGAUUCAAUUUGUUUUUGGAAAAAAUGAGUGUUUCUUUGAGUGUAAUGACUUUUAAUCUUCUUGAAGAUCAGUUAGAGGACAGUCCAAACACAUGGGAGAAGAGGAAAGAUUUGUGUAUAAGUGUUAUUACAAGUUAUUCUCCUAUGAUUCUCUGUACCCAACAAGGUGUGAAGUCACAGUUGGACUAUAUUCAGCAGUGCUUGCAAGGUUAUGAACAGUUUGGAAUAUCAAGAAAAGGAGCUGAAGACACUUCUGAUCAGCACUGUACCAUAUUUUACGACAAGGAAAAGGUCGAGCUUUUAGAAGGGGGAACAUUUUGGUUGUCUGAAUCACCUUCAGUGCCUGGAAGUAUGUCUUGGGGUUCUACAGUACCGUGCACCGCAACAUGGGCAACAUUCCAGCUGAAAGGCGUUGAGCCGCCAGGUUUUUCAUUUCAGAUUGUUAAUACAACCAUGGAUGAGUUCAGUCCCCGUGCUCGCAGGCGAGGUGCUUUGCUCACUUGGCAGCAUAUUGCAUCCUUGCCCCCUAGCUUAUCCGUUGUGUACUGUGGGGGAUUUAAUACCCAAAAGGAAUCCACUACAGGUCGUUUUCUUCUUGGGAGAUCUAGAGAGCACGGAGUUGUCGGUGAUAUGAGAGAUGUUUGGCCAAAUGCUCGUGUGAGAAAGAACGUAUCCCUUAUACGGACGUAUCAUGGAUUCAAAGGUACCAAACAAGGUCCACUCGAGUUCUUCAAGUUAAUAUUCCGAGCACUUUGCUUGUGCUGGGAUCGCCAAACUCAGGAUCUACAUGUUGACUGGAUCCUUUUCAGAGGCAGAUCUCUCAUACCCGUCUCGUGUGAGGUGGUAAGCGACAACAUUGAUGGCUUUUAUCCUUCUUCUCAUUAUCCUGUAUACGCCGAGUUCAUGCUUCCUCGUUCAGUAAGGCUAACCGAAGCAUCCCCUGAAAACGAAACCUAAACUAUACUUGUUGAACUUUUCGCCAUUUCGCUCUUGUGCAUUGUUAUUUAUUGAUUGAUUUUUUUUUCUUUUUGUUGCUGGUAUAUGGCUCAAAGAUCUUGUUUCUGUGAAUUCAUUGAGAUAAGUUGAAAGAUUUAUUUGUUGGUUAACAAAUGGAAAAUGAGUGGUUUUGUUGGUUACAAUACUGAACCAUGUUCUUAUUCAGUCAAAUUAAUAUUAAUGUUUUCUUUGAAGCGUGUAAUAGAGAAACACGACAGAUAAUAAAUUCCAGUAAUGGUUAAUACCAUUUUGUGUUA